AUGGCCUACCGAAGCUCAACCGGCGAAUUAGCCCGUGGCGGCGACAGGUGGGACCGCGAUCGGUUCAUGUACGAGAGAGACCGCGACAGGUACGGCGACGAAAGGGUGCGCUUCGAGGAGCGCGACGACUCUUACGUCCGGGGACCUGGUGGAAGGGUACGAGAAACAUCGGUGGACGACAGAUAUGAGCGUCGCACAUCCCGUCCGUGGGAGGACGAACCCAUCCGCGACAGGCGGUACUACGAAGACGACUACCAUCGUCGUCACUCACCUCCCGCCGAGUUUGACCGCAAGGUGAUCAUCGAGAAGGAGAGGGAGUAUCGCAGCCCUUCUCCGCCUCGCAGGCCUGGCACCCUCCUGAGACGCCAGUCGUCGCUAGACACGUUCGACAGGCGGCCCGCCCCACGUUUCUACGAGCGUGAGGAAUAUGGGCCCCCCGCCCGUCGCGGGGAUUACCGCCCUGAACCAUACCAGCCCAUCCCACUUCCCCGGUCAAGAGCCCUGCCUCCCCCAAGAGUCUAUGCCGAGCGAGACUACGACGAGAUCCGGAUCGCUGAGCCCGAGCGAUACGGUGAUGAAGAAUUCCACUCUUAUCCGGAGCGCGUUCGAGAGCGCGAGGUUACACGCACGAGGCGGCGGAGGAACCGCAGUGGCUCGAGGAGCAGCCGGUCACACACCCACCACGGCAGCAGCGUACGAAGCAGCUCCAAAACCUCUUCGACAAGCAGCUCAAGCAGCGGCGGCACAACUGUCACCGCAAAGAGCGAGUAUCCCAAGAAGGGCAAGACCAGAAUUCCCGUCAGGCUUGUGUCGAAGCGCGCACUGAUUGACUUGGGAUACCCCUUUGAGGAGGAGGGCAAUACUAUCAUUGUUCAGAAGGCUUUGGGCCAGGACAACAUCGAUGAUCUCCUCAAGCUGAGUGAAGAUUAUAAGAAGGCCGAACUCGAAGUUCUCAAUGCUCGGUCGGAGGCCGGUAAUAUUGUCGAGGAGCGUCGCACCGAAGUCUUCGUGGCACCUCCACCUCCACCGCCCGUAGUUCAUCACAUACCGCCGCCACCGCCGCCUGUCGAGGUCGUGAAGGAGACAGUUGUACGUGAGGUGUCGCCAGUCCGGAGCCACCGCAGCUACUCUACCUCGGCAACGUCCAGGACACCACUCAUCGUGGAAGCUGGCCCCCGUGAAAUCAGCAGUGAAAUUCCUGUUGGCCCAUUAGCUCUCGUUACCAGCGACCGACGACGUGAGAAGGACAUCAAGUACGAGAUUGCCCGGCUUGAGGCUGAGCGUGAAAUGAUGCGACGUGAUCGACACCACCACCACCACCAUCAUCACAGCCACAGCCCCUCCCGAGAGUUGGUUAGGGCAGAGCGACUGAGCUCUGGAGAGCUUAUCCUAUACGAGGAGAAGGUGGAGAAGAUUGAAGAACCGCGGCGCGGGGUGCGCAUUGAGAAGGACAAGAAAGGCCCACCUCCUGGUCUUAUGCGAGCGAUGCUGGCUACUCUCACAUAA